CUUCUAGAUUAUAGGAUCAAGUCAGCUAGUAAAUCCUCUAAUGUAGAUAAGUUUCACCUAGUCAAAGAUAUGGUUUGUUUCUUUAUCUUCUAGGUCCAUAUCCUAUCAACUAUAAAUAGGAUCAAUCUUGUAAAUGUAAAACAUCCCAGAAUGAUCAAACUCUCUGGAGAUCAAUAAUCUAAUUCACCCUACGGGGUUUCUGUCCGUGGACGUAGGCGUUAGUGCCGAACCACGUUAAGUUCUUGUGUUCUUAAUUUGUCUUUGAUUUAGUUUUCUGUAAUCGAUGAUCCGUCUCGAUACUCAUAAUUUAUUAACUGGUGCGAUGAUAGAGGAACUAGAAGACAAAGAAAUGUCGUGGUACAUAGGUAGGACAUGGUUUACAUUCUCAUCCAUCAAAAACCGGUUAUUUGGAAUUGGAUGUGACACAACAACGAUCUCGUACACAGCGAACGUCGUGGAACGUAACAGCAGCAUAGCCGAAUACAGCAGCUUGUGUAGGUCUGCAUGUGAUGUUAGAGAAAAUAUUGAAGAAGGAUCUUGUAAUGGAAGUGGUUGUUGCCAGUUGACAAUCCCAAAGGGAAUAAACUUUUUCCAGGCAAAUGUAUACACCAGUUCUGAUAACCAUACCAAAGUGUGGUCUUUCGAUCAUUGUAGUUAUGGAAUCUUGGCAGAGCAAGAUGCGUACACGUUCCGUGCAUCCGAUCUUCUUCUUUCUUCCACUGACUUUAUUGUUAAAGGAAAGGGUUUACCUCUCGUUCUUGAUUGGGCCAUAGGGAAUAAGACGUGCGAAGAAGCAAGAGACUCCGGUGCUUUGGCAUGCCAAGAGAACAGUAAUUGCAUCAAUUCUGAUAAUAAUCUUGGAUAUCGGUGCAGCUGCUUUGACGGUUACGAGGGAAACCCUUAUCUAAGUCCCGGAUGCCAGGAUGUGAACGAGUGCGAGAAUCAAAGCGACAAUCCCUGUGUUGGAAAUUGCACAAACACAAAAGGGAGUUACUAUUGUACUUGUCCAGAGGGCAGCUUUGGAGAUGGGAGGAAAGAUGGUCAUGGUUGCUCUACCAAGAAACAAGUAGUUCCACUACUAAAGCUCGCUCUCGGUAUUGGCUCAGGGCUUCUGUUCUUCAUAAUUGGCUGCUGUUGGUCAUAUUUUUUCGUAAAGAAACAGAAACAAAUUAAGCUCAGAGAGAAAUACUUUGAGAAUAAUGGUGGAUUGCUACUAAAACAAAAUAUACCUGCUAAGGAAGGUGGUGUUGAAUCAACUAAGAUAUAUACAGCAAAGGAGUUAGAGUAGCAACUAACAACUAUGAUGCAAGUCGAGUGCUCGGAGAAGGAGGUUUUGGUACUGUUUACAAGGGAAUUUUAUCUGAUAAUCGAGAAGUUGCCAUUAAGAAAUCCAAAAUAGUUGACCAGAGUCAGAUCGAGCAGUUCAUAAAUGAGGUUAUUAUUUUAACUCAGAUUAAUCACCGAAAUGUGGUAAAACUCUUGGGGUGUUGUUUAGAGACUAAAGUUCCCUUGCUUGUCUAUGAGUAUGUCUCUAAUGGCACCCUUUUUCAACAUAUCCAUUACAAUAAAAGCGAGGCAACUUCAAUUUCCUGGCAUAAUCGUUUGAGGAUUGCUACCGAAACUGCAACUGCAAUUGCAUAUUUACACUCUGCAGCUUCAACACCUAUCAUUCACAGAGAUAUCAAGUCCGCAAACAUUUUAUUAGACCAGCCAGUUGACAGAGAAGAGUGAUGUUUAUAGCUUUGGCGUAGUUCUCUUGGAACUGUUAACUGGACAAAAGCCUGUUUCUUUUGACAGAUCCGAAGAGCAAAGAAAUCUUGCAUCAUUUUUCAUUUCAAAAAUGGAGGAUAAAAACGCUCUAGUUCAACUUUUUGACGCUCAAGUAGUAAAAGAGGAACAUAUGGAGCCGAUCUUCGCUUUUGUGGAGCUUGCAAAGAGAUGUCUUGCAAUGAAGAGUGAAGAACGACCUACGAUGAAACAAGUUGCGGCAGAACUUGACAAUUUGAGAAAGUUAUCAAACCAUAACGAGAAUCCCAGGUCAGUCCUGUCAGAACCAACGGAUCUGUAUCCAAUGAGCUAUUCCACCGUCUUUGAUUCUGGACAAUAUAGUUCUGACAAUAACAGUACCAUAAUGUCCAUGAAUGUUCCACGGUGAUUGAGCUUUAAAUGUUUAAGUUGUUUGUUUGUUUGUUCGAUUGAAUUUUAUUUUUCGGGUUAUUAUUUGAACGAUGGGUUGUAAUGUUGUAUACUAGUAUCAAAUAACUAAACCACGGCAUGUGAAUUAAAUUGAUAUCGAUGCUCUGUCAU